GUACGAGGACAGAGGAGAGAGGACAUUUUGUAGAAAGGGCGCUCACGCAGGACAGAUUCUGGAAACAAGAAAAAAACUGUUUUCUGAAGUCAAACUGCAAAAAUGAGUAGAAAGAGGAAGUUGAUUGACAGCGCUGCAGUCCCCAGCCCUGAGUUAUCAAUCAGUUCACGCAGGACAACAGAUGGGUCCGAGGGUCCCAGUGGGGUCUCCUGGAAGAGUGAUAGAUCCAUGCACAUACCACCUAACAUCGGUGAUGGGAGUCCUGAAGGUUCACAGACGACAGCAGAUGGGUCCCACGUUCCCGGUGGAGUCUCCUGGAAGAGUGAUAGAUCCAUGCACAUACCACCUAACAUCGGAGAUGGGAGCCCUAAGCGUUCAGAGACGACAACAGAUGGGUCCUUGGUUCCCGGGGGAGUCUCCUGGAAGAGUGAUAGAUCCAUGCACAUACCACCUAAUAUAGGAGCUGAGAGUCCUGAAAGCCAGAUGAGUGAGGAACCAUCCAGCCUGUCAUGCAAACAGUGUCUGACGUCAGACCGGGAUGUGUCGGACUCCCCUUGUUCGACGUGUGGAACGAAACGUCAGAAACUAUCUCAAAGCCAUAGAGAUGGUUACGGGCUCCAGGAUCUCUUCAAAUUAAAAGAUCAUUUUAAAGAAGAAAUGCGGAAAAAAUUUACCUUCACAUCUGAAGGUACUGGUGACGAUCGGGUUUCUUUGGACAACAUCUACACAGAACUCUUCAUCACCGCUGGAGAGAGCGGUGGGCAAGAAGCAGAGCAUGAGUUCAGUCAGCUGGAACGUAAAUUGAAAAGGCCUUCAUUGUCUAAAUAUACAUUGAACCUCAAGGAUAUCUUCAGACCUUCGUCUGGCCAAGAGAAAACCCAAAGAAUAGUUCUGACGAAGGGCAUGGCAGGGAUCGGAAAAUCUUUUUCUGUGCAGAAAUUCAUCUACGACUGGGCCAAGGGUGAUACAAACACAGAUAUUGAUUUUGUUUUCUACUUUGCUUUCCGAGAGCUGAAUUUGAGUUCAGGCAAUAAAAGCUUGCACAAGCUCCUGACCGACUUCCACCCUGUACUCUGCAAUUUGGAAGUUCUAGAGCUUUAUGCCAAAACCAAGGUUGUAGUGAUCCUGGACGGCCUGGAUGAAAGCAGAUUCAAACUGGACUUUGAGAACAUUGAGAGGCAAACAUCUCUGAGUGAAGAAACAUCUCUGGGUAUUCUCCUAGUAAACCUGAUCCAGGGAAACCUUCUCCCGGAUGCUAAAGUCUGGAUCACUUCUCGUGCAGCAGCAGCCAGUCAGAUCCCAGCACAGUAUGUGGACAUGGUGACAGAGAUAAGAGGGUUCAAUGAUGCACAAAAAACUGAAUAUUUCAGGAGGAGAUUUAGUCAUGACUUGGCUCUUGCUGACAGGAUCACUUCACAUAUCCACUCUUCACAACAUCUCCAAAUUAUGUGCAAGAUACCAAUCUUCUGCUGGAUUUCUGCCAUAUUAUUCCAGGAGGUGUUUGCUGAAGACAAGAACGCUGAAAUUCCUCAAACUCUGACAGAGAUGAUGGCACGUUACCUGUUCGCUAUGACAAAACGCAGAAACAGAAAAUAUGAAAAGAAGCCUAAGGAAAACUUUCUGAUAACACAGAAAGAAUUUCUUCUGAAACUGGGCAAGCUUGCAUUUGAUCAUCUGCAGAAGAACAGCCUCAUUUUCUAUGAGGAAGAGCUUGAAGCCUAUGGCAUUGACAUAAAAGAAGCAUCUAUCCACUCUGGAUUUUGCACCUCAGUUCUUAGGGAGGAAGAUGUCUUUUCCCAUAGAAAGGUUUUCUUCUUUGUUCAUCUGACCAUUCAGGAGUUCUUUGCAGCUCUUUACGUUUAUGACUGUUUCUUGAACAAGAAAACGACAGAGCUCAACGACUUCCUGAAACUGAAGGACAAAGAACCAACUUUUCUUGAGCUUCUGAAAGUCACAGUUGAGGUGGUAUUGGAGAAGAAGAAUGGCCACCUGGUCUACUUCUUACGAUUCCUCCUGGGCCUCUUGGUGGAAGCUAAUGUGACAGUCCUACAGGGUCUCCUAACAUUGCCGGACCCAAGCCAAGAUACCAAUAAGAAAAUAUUAACUUACCUGAAAUCCAUCCGGAGAAAGACCAUCUCUCCAGAAGGUAACAUGACCCUCUUCAGAGCCAUGGUUGAAAUGAGAGACCAGAAAGUCAAAGAAGAGAUUGAGGAAUAUUUGAAGAUAGAAGAUGGUUCAAAACCUGAGCUGUCUCCCCUGCACUGCUCUGCACUGGCCUACAUGCUGCAGAUCUCGAAGAAUGAUCUGGAUUUGUUGGACUUGAAGAGUUACAACACAUCCGAUGAGGGCAGAAGGAGGCUGAUGCCGGCAGUGAGGAGCAGCAGAAAGGCCAUACUGGCAUCCUGCAACAUGACGACAGAUCGGGUUGAAAAUGUGGCCUUUGGUCUCACGUUUCCCUGGUCACCUCUGAGAGAUCUGGACCUGAGCAACAAUGACCUGACAGAUUCAGGAGUAAAGCUGCUCUGUGAUGGUCUGAAGAGUCAACACUGCAAACUGAAAACACUGAGAUUGUCGGGUUGUCUGGUGACAAAGACUGGAUGUGAGUAUCUGGCCUCGGCUCUCCAGUCCAACCCCUCCCACCUGAAAGAACUGAACCUGAACUACAAUGAUCCAGGAGAGUCAGGAAUCAACCUUCUUACUACGAUGAAAGAAGAUUCAAAAUACAAGCUCGACGAUCUCAAGUAUGAUCAUUGUGGAAGUCACCGGAUGAAACCAGGAUUCAAGAAAUAUGCCUGCGAGCUCACGUUGGACCCCAACACAGCUCAUAAGAACCUGCGCCUGUCUGAAGAGAACAGGAAGGUGACCUGGGGGGAAGAGCAGCAGUCAUACCGCCCUCACCCAGAGAGGUUUGAUCAGUGCCCACAAGUGCUUUGUGAGCAGAGUCUGGAUGGGUGCUGCUACUGGGAGGUGGAAGUGACGGAGCCCUUCAACAUUGGGGUAACAUACAAACCCACUCUCAGGAGCGGGGAUGUGGACGAUUGCAAGCUGGGAUGCAACGACAAGUCUUGGAGUCUGGUUUGCUCCGAUGAGGGUUGUUACACUCUGCACUGCAGCCAGAGAGUCGGUGUGUCCUCCCUCUGCCGGCGCUCCAGUCGGGUGGGAGUGUAUCUGGAUUGGCCGGUGGGAACACUGUCCUUCUACAGAGUUCUCUCCAACAACUGGGUUCACCUCCAUACCUUCAGAACGACCUUCAGUGAGCCCCUCUAUCCCGCUGUCGAACUCCGCACUCAUUCUUCUGCAUUAUUUUGUUAUUUGUACCCUCAUGAAAUGAGUAGAAAGAGGAAGUUGGGUGACAGCGCUGCGGUCCCCAGCGCUGAGUCAUCAAUCAGUUCACAGACGACAACAGAAUGGUCCCUGGGUCCAGGUGAAGUCUCCCUGAAGAGUGAUGCAUCCAUGGACAUACCACCUGACAUAGGAGCUGAGAGUCCUGAAAGCCAGACUACGGAGGAACCAUCCAGCCUGUCAAGCAAACAGUGUCUCACGUCUGUCUGGGAUAAGUCGGACUCCCCUUGUCCGACGAGUGGAAAGAAACGUCAAAAACUAUCUCAAAGCCAUAGAGAUGAUACCAGGCUCCAGGAUCUCUUCAAAUUAAAAAAUGAUUUUAAAGAAGAAAUGCUGAAAAAAUUUACCUCCACAUCUGAAGGUACUGGUGCCGAUCGGGUUUCUUUGGACAACAUCUACACAGAACUCUUUAUCACCGCUGGAGAGAGCGGAGGACAAGAAGCAGAGCAUGAGUUCAGUCAGCUGGAACGUAAAUUGAAAAUGCCUUCAUUGUCUAAAUUUACAGUGAACCUCAAGGAUAUCUUCAGACCUUGGUCUGGCCAAGAGAAAACCCAAAGAAUAGUUCUGACGAAGGGUCUUGCAGGGAUCGGAAAAUCUUUUUCUGUGCAGAAAUUCAUCUACGAUUGGGCCAAGGGGGAUACAAACACAGAUAUUGAUUUUGUUUUCUAUUUGCCUUUCGGAGAGCUGAAUUUGAGUUCAGGCGAUAAAAGUUUGCACAAGCUCCUGACCGACUUCCACCCUGUACUCGGCAAUUUGGAAAGUCCAGAGCUUUAUGCCAAAACAAAGGUUGUAGUGAUCCUGGACGGCCUGGAUGAAAGCAGACUCAAACUUGACUUUGAGAACUUUGAGAGGCAAACAUCUCUGAGUGUAGAAACAUCUAUGGGUACUCUCCUAGUAAACCUGAUCCAGGGUAACCUUCUCCCGGAUGCUAAAAUCUGGAUCACUUCUCGUCCAUCAGCAUCCAGUCAGAUCCCAGCAGAGUAUGUGGACAUGGUGACAGAGAUAAGAGGGUUCAAUGAUGCACAAAAAACUGAAUAUUUCAGGAGGAGAUUUAGUCAUGAUUUGGGUCUUGCUGAGAGGAUCGAUUCACAUAUCCACUCUUCACAACAUCUCCAAAUUAUGUGCCAGAUACCAAUCUUCUGCUGGAUUUCUGCCAUAUUAUUCCAGGAGGUGUUUGCUGAAGACAAGAACGCUGGUAAUCCUCAAACUCUGACAGAGAUGAUGGGACAUUACUUGUUGGCUCUGACUAAACGUAGAAACAUAAAAUAUGAAAAGAAGCCUCAGGAAAACUUUCUGAUAACACAGAGAGAAUUUCUUCUGAAACUGGGCAAACUUGCAUUUGAUCAUCUGCAGAAGAACAGCCUCAUUUUCUAUGAGGAAGACCUGGAAGCCUAUGGCAUUGACAUAAAAGAAUUAUCUAUCCACUCCGGAUUUUGCACCUCAGUUCUUAGGGAGGAAGAUGUCUUUUCCCAUAGAAAGGUUUUCUUCUUUAUUCAUCUGACCAUUCAGGAGUUCUUUGCAGCUCUUUACGUUUAUGACUGUUUCAUGAACAAGAAAACAACAGAGCUCAAUGACUUCCUGAAACUGAAGGACAAAGAACCAACUUUACUUAAGCUUCUGAAAGUCACAGUUGAGAUAGUGUUGAAGAAGAAGAAUUGCCACCUGGUCUACUUCUUACGAUUCCUCCUGGGCCUCCUGGUUGAAGCUAAUGUGACAGUCCUACAGGGUCUCCUAACAUUGCCGGACCCAAGCCAACAUAUCGACAAGAAAAUAUUAACUUACCUGAAAUCCAUCCUGAGAAAGACCACCUCUCCAGAAGGUAACAUCAUCCUUUUUAGGGUCAUGAUUGAAAUGAGAGACCAGAAAGUCAAAGAAGAGAUAGAGGAAUAUUUGAAGACAGAAGAUGGUUCAAAACCUGAGCUGUCUCCCCUGCACUGCUCUGCACUGGCCUACAUGCUGCAGAUCUCGAAGAAUGAUCUGGAUUUGUUGGACUUGAAGAGUUACAACACAUCCGAUGAGGGCAGAAGGAGACUGAUACCAGCAGUGAGAAGCAGCCGAAAGGCCAUACUGGCAUCCUGCAACGUGUCGACCGAGUUGGUUGAGCAUGUGGCCUUUGGUCUCACGUUUCCCUGGUCACCUCUGAGAGAUCUGGACCUGAGCAACGAUGACCUGACAGAUUCAGGAGUAAAGCUGCUCUGUGAUGGUCUAAAGAGUCAACACUGCAAACUGAAAACACUGAGAUUGUCGGGUUGUCUGGUGACAAAGACUGGAUGUGAGUAUCUGGCCUCGGCUCUCCAGUCCAACCCCUCCCACCUGAAAGAACUGAACCUGAGCUACAAUGAUCCAGGAGAGGCAGGAAUCAACCUUCUGCUUACAAUGAAAGAAGAUUCAAAAUACAAGCUCGACAUUCUCAAGCUUGAUCAUUGUGGAAGUCACCGGAUGAAACAAGGAUUCAAGAAAUAUGCCUGCGAGCUCACGUUGGACCCCAACACAGCUCAUAAGAACCUGCGCCUGUCUGAAGAGAACAGGAAGGUGACCUGGGGGGAAGAGCAGCAGUCAUACCGCCCUCACCCAGAGAGGUUUGAUCAGUGCCCACAAGUGCUUUGUGAGCAGAGUCUGGAUGGGUGCUGCUACUGGGAGGUGGAAGUGACGGAGCCCUUCAACAUUGGGGUAACAUACAAACCCACUCUCAGGAGCGGGGAUGUGGACGAUUGCAAGCUGGGAUGCAACGACAAGUCUUGGAGUCUGGUUUGCUCUGAUGAGGGUUGUUACACUCUGCACUGCAGCCAGAGAGUCAGUGUGUCCUCCCUCUGCCAGGCCUCUAGUCGGGUGGGAGUGUAUCUGGAUUGGCCGGUGGGAACUCUGUCCUUCUACAGAGUUCUCUCCAACAACUGGGUUCACCUCCAUACCUUCAGAACGACCUUCAGUGAGCCCCUCUAUCCCGCUGUCGAACUCCGCACUCAUUCUUCUGCAUUAUUUUGUUAGCUACUGUGAUGAAACUCUGACUUUGUUCAGAUGCAACCAAAGUGUGUAGAUAAGUGCUCUGUCAACACUUACAAACUCGUUCCACUACGUUUGGGCCUCUUGUCCAAACAGCAAUAUAAGUCUCUAAAACGGAGAUUAUAUACAAAUGCCUUGUGAAGUGCAGACUUUCAAAAUCAGUUGGUGCAUGCACAUCGAUGCUUUGUUUAUGCAGUAGGUCUAAUUACAAGUCAGCAGCUAUAGCAGCUAUAUUUAGCAUCACGGCACUACAUUACCAUUCAGUCACAGGCGUCUGCCUCGCUCAAUGUUACUCUGAUAACAGCUUUCUUUUCUAGCUUCUGACAGAUCCUCAAAAUUGCACUUUCUUGAUUGUAGUUCUGGGUUUGGACCCUCAUGGUUGAAUGCUUUUGCUUUGGAUAAAAGCUUCAGCUAAAUGUGAAUGUAAUGUAAUGUAAAGAGCAUUAGUAUCGACCUGAUCGCCACCUACUGGCCCAGAGACUUGUUUGAGCAUGUGAUAAGUAUGCUGAUAUUUGCAAGUUAGUGGUGUGAGGGUUCUGUAUAACUACUGAAAUGUGUAUCUUGUUUCUGUUUUAUAAUUUAUAACUUGUAGUUAUAAUAUUCUAUUAAUUCAUUGACCUUCCAUUAAGCUACGAAGUGUCUUUUCUAAUCAAUGCUGAAAAUACUUAUAUCUUUCUGAUGUUUUCCUACACGUGGCAACUAUUCCACUUCUGUCCGACCCGGGAGAGGAAUCCUCACAUGAUGCUCUGGGGUGUCUACGUUUUUUUACCCUGUUAAACGUGUUUUUUGUAGUUUUUCCUUUCUCAUUUUGAGGGUUAAGAACAGAGAGAGUCACACCUUAAGAAUGCUGAUAUUUUCAAAUAAGUGGGGUGAGGGUUCUUUAUAACUUCUGAAAUGGGUAUCUUGUUUCAGUUUUGUAUGAUAUAUCCUAUAGUUAUAUAGUAUAUUGUAUUAGUUUUGUACUGUGAUUGGUUUAAUCUCUGCAGUUUGUAUCGUUUUGGUAAAGAAGGAUUUAAUAAACAUUUAUAUCUUU